AUCAACCUCACCUCCUCUUUCGCUGUGUAAUCCAGUCGCAGACCACAAUUCGAAGCCGUCGACGUAUAUCACCCAGCACGAUUACCCCAACAACACCCACUCACCGGCACAUCGACUGUGCGACCAGCAUGAGGGCAGCAUGGCCGGCUCCUUCAAUCCCCGCCAAACGACCCGCAACGACAUAGUCCAGCAAUGGAGCAGCAAUACCACACCACACGGCAACCCGUCGCCGCGAUCGACAUCACAAUCGCCGCUACCAUACAGCUCUGGAUGCGGCGUCGAGAUACAAACUCCAGCCACACCUCCGACCACAGCAGAAGACGAGAAGUUAUGGCGAGAUCAAGAGCUGAAUGAGAAGAUUAUGCGGCAGGUGGAGGAGAAUGGAAUCACAAGACCGACGGGACACAAAGUCUCAUUCCACUACAGCAGUCGGGUCGAGGACAUGCAUUUCGGCCGCACACAUCCCAUGAAGCCAUGGCGAUUAACACUCACAAAGCACCUCGUGCUGGGACACGGUCUACAAUACGCCAUGGACACAUAUGAAGCCGUCGCAGCGGGCAAAGACGAAGUCCGACAAUUCCACGAUGCAGACUACGUCGACUUUCUCUCCCAAGUCUCACCCGGCACCUUCAACCAAUUAUGCCAACAACCUCGAUUCGAACGAGCCACACCCACUAAGCAUGACGCGGAUUGUCCAGUUUUCGACGGAAUGUCCACCUACCUCUUCCUCUACACCGGCGCCACACUCGCCGCGACCCACCAACUCACCUCCGGCUCAAGCGACAUCGCCAUCAACUGGUCCGGCGGACUCCACCACGCCCACAAAUCCGAGGCCUCCGGAUUCUGCUACAUCAACGACAUCGUCCUCUCCAUCCUCGACAUGCUCCGAAUCUUCCCCCGCGUCCUCUACAUCGACAUCGACGUCCACCACGGCGACGGCGUCGAAGAAGCCUUUCAACGCCAACCCCGAGUCAUGACCCUCUCCUACCAUCGCUACGGCCCCUACGACGACACGGGCCACAAAUUCUUCCCCGGCACAGGCGACCUCUCCGACAUCGGCCUCCGCGGCACCCCCGGCGAGCACUUCGCCCUCAACGUCCCCAUCCCCUCCGGCAUCGACGACCGACAAUACAACCUCCUCUUCACCGAAGUCACCGGCCGCACAAUCGAAGCCUUCAACCCCUCCGCCAUCGUCCUCCAAUGUGGCGCCGACUCCCUCGGCGGCGACCGUCUCGGCCAAUUCAACAUCAACAUCAAACAACACGGCCACUGCGUCUCGUUUGUCAAGAACUACCGCCUUCCCCUCCUCAUCCUCGGCGGAGGAGGCUACACAGCCCGCAACGUCGCUCGAGCAUGGUGUCACGAAACAGCUCUCGCAACGGACAAUAAACUCCCCGAAAGCAUCCCCCUCUCCAUCGUACCGAGGCCAGAAGCUUUCAUGGGCCGACCGCACGGUGAUGGGAAGAUGUAUCCCUCGUUUGAAAGACUGCAUAAGAAUGAGUGCAAGGAUGUGGAUCUCGAGUUGAUGAUCAAGCAAUUGGAUGGCGAGUUGAAGUAUGUGAGGAACUCGCCGUGGGUGAAGGUGGAUCAGUUGCCGACGGGGGAUGGGAUGAGGCAGGUUAUGAUGGAGGUUGAUGAGGAGAGGAGGGAGGAGAAGGAGAGGAGGGGGAAAGAGAGGAAUCCGGGUGGGAGGGGGGAGUUGCGGUAG